ACUCGUUGGUAAACAUCGACCCUACACGCAAGUGCCUUGAACCCAUCAUGAAAAUUCUUGGAUUCCUCCUCGCGACCCAACUGAUAAGCACCGUCCUACCGCUUUUAUCGGAAAACAGAGUGGUGAAAAAAGGGGAAAUCGUUCACGUAACAUGUUCAUUGAACGCAGACGAGGGGGUCUAUUGGUUCCAACAGUCCCGCGCUUCCAAGCCGAAGUUCUUGCUGUAUGUAACAGGCGCGGGACGAGUGAAGGCUCUGGCCCAAUCCGACAAAUACGAUGCAGCAAAGUCAUCCAACAGAGUGUCCCUGACGAUCAAGAAUUUUCAGAAGGAAGACUCUGGGAAGUAUUACUGUUUCAUGGUCAAGAACAUGGCCAUGCGUUUUGGGAAUGACAUUGAGCUGUAUGUUGAAGAGGUUAAAACUACACCAAAGCCAACCACCGUGCCCACCACGACGCAAGCAAAACCGACCACGCCGGACAGCAAAGGAUCUACUCAAUGUCACUCAACUCAAAGAGGGAAUACCCAAGUCCCAAUGAGCUGCCACGUUAUUAUCUGGGCUCCACUGACUGGCGCCGCCGUCCUGCUGCUCCUCGCACUCACCUGUGUCUCCAUUGCUUAUUGCAGAAGGCCACGCCGGAGACGCUGCCAGCAUCAGUUCAGAAAGAGACCAAUUGCUGAAGAAGAUAGAAGACCACAAAACAGAUACCUUUAACAAGUUCAUUCCGGAAAAUGUGUGUGAUCCAUCCGUGGAUUAUCAAACCCUCUGAGAAAUAAAUGAUGCUGCGCAGGAGUGACUAAGUACUUCAGCGUGCCUUUAUAUUUUGCACAACACCCAUUCAAAUUGCCCCCUUCAUUGUUUAGAACAUUGCUGUAGCUGACAGAAACUAAUACGUGACGCGUCCUGCGUUUGGGAAGAUAUUAAAAAGUGGCGACUGAUCUAAGUGUAAACUUGUCCUUUUUUCAAUAUCUGUGUUCUGCAACACUUCAAUCCGCGAGGAUGAAGCUACAGUUUCACCUGGUAACUUUUUGAUAUUUUUCCCAAACGCCCGGUCGAAAUUGGAGGAUGAAAGCUGGGCUCUCUAUCCGUGUCCUGGUGAUCCAGUCUUGCCAAAGCCACCAGUUUCUUCCCCAUGAGCAGAGUGGCUGAGUGGGGAGUUGGGGGAUGGGGUUCAGCUGUGUAAAAGAGGACUUAAACUUCUUCCAAUCUGACUGUUCCUGUUGUGACCACAGUCUCCCGAAUGGAAUAGAAACCAAUCCCAAGGAGGGUAAUUUUUAAAGGAUGUGGGCAGGCCAGCAUUCAUUGC